GUGUGUGACUGUGUGUGUGACUGUGUGUGUGUCGCUGUCCUGCUUUCUUUCAGGAAGUGGCACAAAGGAAUGUUUGGCCGUGAUUCACGACACUCCGCGGCCACGCAGUUCGUUAUUUACGGCUCAGCGAGUCGUCGCUCCACGUGUGACUCAGUUUGUGGAUGGAGGAGUCAGGUGCAGAGGAAAUGACAAUCACUGUCUCUGUGCUUCACGUUAACUUGUAGCGUUUAACGCUCAACCGAGCUGCGGCGUAAUCGGGCAAAAUAUGUAGGACAAGUUUGCCAGUUUAAAAAUGGCCACUUCAAAUUGGAAUGGGUGACUUUGUGGGGCUUUUCGGGCAUGGCUCCUUGAGACUUUUUUGCGGGUCAACUCAUGAUGAACAUGUCGACCAAAUUUUAUGUUGCUAAGUACAACUGGCUUUGGGGCAAAAUCUCUCGCCUUUGAAGAACUAUAAAUGAAGUCAACAUGGCCAUUUUAAACUAAAAUGGCAGACUUGGUUUUUUUUUCCAGGCAAGAAUUUUGGAAAAAAAAAAUCCUGAGUCUACUGAUGAGAGACUUGUUUACCUAAUUUCAAAUUGCCAAGUACAACUGGCUUCAGGGGUAAAGUUUAAAUAGACAAAUCUGGCAUACACUGCUACUGAACUAUUGGUGAGUCAUCAAACUUUGCUGUCAUAAUCCGCUUAGAUGCAACAAUUCAAAUGUUUUACAAUUUUUAAACUGUUGCAACACCUCUGAUUCUUUGCACUUUAUUGUAUUAUGUUACCACUCUAUGUUUUUUAUACAAUAUAAAAUAGUAUAGUUUUUCCUCAUUACAAAUUUUUGGAGGGGAUGUGGAAUAGAACGAAUUAGUGGCACUCAAUGUUGAUCAUGGUCAUUUUAUUAGAUAAAACUGUAAAAAAAAGUUUGAGCAAACGUUUUAUAGUGAAACCAAAUACAAGAAACUGACUAAAAAGUAGUCAAGAGAGAGACGAAAAAAAAGUUUCACCUGAGCAGACAAACAACAGAGGGGCACCUCCUGACGUCACGGCACCGUGGGCGUGGCUUGUAGCCACGCGUGCGGUGGGAGGCGAGCGCGCACGCAACGGAGCGGCAAAGCGGCAGCAUCGUAUCGGCUACGCGCACGCAUCUGCGCUCUCUCCUCACGCGCCAAGUCAACUGUUUUUGUUUGUAUUUAUCACCAAAAAAAGGAGAAGAAGAAGAAGAAGAGGAGAAGUUGACUUGCCUUUGCUUCUGUUUGGACUAAUUUGGAGAACUUUCUUGCGUGGAGUAUGAUUUGAACGCCGCCGAACAGGAUGAGCCUGUGCUUCCUGCAAACGCUGCACGUGGUUUUGGUGUUGUGGUGGUCCCUGUGGUCGCCCGGCGCCAAAGGCCAGUGCAACGGGCCCUCCGAGUCAUCCAAGGUCAACCUUUCAUCGGACCACCGUCUCCCGAUGUUCACCGCCGACUUCCCGGUCCAGAACAUGGUGACGCUGGACGGCAUUGUCUACGUGGGCGCCGUCAACCGGAUCUACGCUCUGGCGCCCAACCUGACCAAGCUCUCCGAGUACCGCACGGGACCGCUGCUCGCCAACGAGACCUGCGGGUCCGGCGGCGCCGGCGGCGAGGUGGACAACCGCAAUUUAGCCCUGGUGGUGGAGAAGAUGUACGACAAAGGCUUGUACAGCUGCGGCUCGGCAGACAACGGCGUCUGUCGCCGCCACGUGCUGGACGAGGACAACAGUCCUAAGACGGUGAACGAACAGGUUUACUGCUUCGCGAGCAAGGUCAGCCCGGGCAAGGGGACACCAGCCGACGCCGACGUGGUGGCCGGCCCGUCGGGCUCGCAGGUGCUCAGCGUGGAGAGCAACAUCAUUGUGUUCUUCGCCGGCAAUUCCGAGAUUCCCGAUUCGGGAACGCCGGCCGAGGUUGCCGCCCGGCCUCGCACUAUCUCCUUGAGGAAGAUGAAGACCAGCCAGGACGGGUUCACCUUCUUCUCCAGCUUGUCUCACAUGGAUCUGAUCCCGUCACUGCGAGGGAAAUACUACCUGCGCUACGUUCACUCCUUCCACAGCGGGCCCUUCACGUACUUCCUGACUGUGCAGCAAGUGAGCCGCGACUCGCCGGCGUUCCACACGCGCAUCGUGAGGAUGUGCUCCUCGGAUUUGGUCAUCCGCCGCUACGUGGAGAUGCCGCUGGAGUGUAUCAGCACCGACAAGCGGCGGCGGCGGCGCUCGGCCCAAGAUGACAAAGUGUUCAACCUGCUGCAGGCGGCGCACGUGACCAAGGUGGGCGACGAUGUGGAGCUGCAGCGCCAUCUGAAGGUGGAGGAGGGCGACGACGUGCUCUUUGCCGCCUUCGCCCGCGGCAAGCCCGAUUCCAACGAGCCCACCGCCAACUCGGCCGUGUGCGUCAUGAGCAUCAAGCACCUGAACAACAUGUUCCGCAUGUACAUGCAGAAGUGCAACACGGUGGACCCGUACCACUUCACCGGUUCCGACGGCAAGGCCUGCUACAACGUGACCUCGUCGGACGAGUGCGACCCGCACGAGGGCAUCCACGAGGGCAAGGAGGGCAAAUACCGCCUGCAGGUGACCCAGUUUGUCCAGCGUCUGGAGUACUGGCACAAGGAGCUCACGGGAACCCUGGUGACUUCCAUCAAGGUGCUGCCCGUCCACGGACGCGCUGUUGCCUUCCUGGGUACCGCCGACGGACGCCUUAUUCAGGUACGCUUCUCACGCUUGGCCUCGCCGCACGUCAACCUGCGCUUGGACUCGCAACCCGUCACGUCCUCGACGGCGUUGCUCGACGGCCGGGGAGGCGGAGCUCUGCUGGUGGCCACCGGGAACAAGAUCACCAAAGUGCCCCUGAUUGGCCCGGGUUGUGGUCAGCUGACCUCCUGCACUUCCUGUCUGCUGUCCUCGCGGGUGACCGAGUGCGGUUGGUGCGACGGCCGCUGCACUCGAGCCCACCAGUGCCACGCCCCUUCCGUCUGGACGCAGGACUACUGCGCUCCCGUGGUUACCAAGGUGUCUCCAUCAUCUGGGCCUCUCCGUGGCUCUACCGUGGUGACCAUCUGCGGUCAAAACUUUGGUUUCGACAAGACGGAGAGCUUCAAGGCGUCGCUUGUGAGCGUGGAGCUGGCCGGCAACCCCUGCAAACUUCCCAGACAAGACAAUCUCAACAGGUGGACUGAGAUGCAGUGUUCCCCCGUCUUCGCUGGGAACUUCACCCCGUCGGGACACGCCGUCAAGGUCACCAGUGGACACAAGGUCACGCACAUGGAGGGCGCCUUCACCUUUGUGGAUCCGAUAAUCCACAAGAUCUUCCCGACCUUCGGGCCCAAGUCCGGCGGCACCAUGCUGACCCUCACGGGCUCUUUCCUGGACAGCGGUAACAAACAAGAGGUUACCGUGGGCAACGCAGCCUGUACGAUCCAGAGUUUGUCGUCGAGCAUGCUGACCUGCAAGACGCCUCCGCACUCCGUCCCGUCGGCGCAGGCCGUCAAGUUGACGGUGGACUCUGUGGAGCGACACGCCCCCUCGCCGUUCACCUACAACCAAGAUCCGCUCAUCAACAGCAUCCAGCCGUCACGCUCCUUCAUCAGUGGAGGCUGCACGUUGUCUGCUCACGGCUUCUUCCUGCAGUCGGGCCUCCAGCCAGAGAUGGUCCUCACCACCGGGCAGGAUGCCGUCGUCUUCCAUGUGAGUUGUGUCUACGGUGAGAACCGCACCUCCAUCCAGUGCACCACGCCCUCCCUGGCCAAGCUAGACCUGCCGCCGCCGGUGGUUACCAAAGUGGCGUUCAUCCUGGACGGCUACGCCACCGACCAGUGGGACCUGAUUUACGUAGAGGACCCCCUUUUCCAGGACCCCAAGCUCACAUCCAAGGACAACAAGAGCGUCGUGGAGCUCAAGGGCGACCGCAUGGACCGCGAGGCCAUGAAGUGCCAGGUGCUGACCGUGUCCAACCGCAGCUGCGAGACCCUCACGCUGGUGGGCAACACGCUGGAGUGCACCGUCCCCAACGAGCUGCACGCGGCCACCGCCAAGGAGCUGCAGGUGGAGUGGCGGCAGGCCGACUCCAUCCGUCACCUGGGCAAGGUGACGCUGGCGCAGGAACAGGAUUACACAGGUCUGGUGGUGGGCUGUGUGUUGGUCAGCCUGCUCCUGCUGAUGCUUGCCACGCUGCUCAUGUGGCGCAGGAACAAGCGCAUUGACGAUCUGUCUGAGGUGUGGUACGACGGCCGCGGCGACAUCCAACAUCUGGACAGGCUUGCUAGCGCCAGGAGCGUCAGUCCCACUAACGAAAUGGUGUCUCACGAGUCUGUGGACUACAGAAGUACACUGCUGGAAGACCAGGGCACGGAGCGUCCCGAGACGUGCCGAGCGGUCCCCGUCCUUUUCGGGUCCAGCCGGGAACUGCUGUCUCCCCGGCUGGGGGCGCUGGCCCGCGGGCUCGGGAUGGAGGGCGAGCUGGUGUCGCCGCUGCUGAUGGCGCCGGUCCACAUCGACCUGUCCAGUCUGCAUCCUGACUUACUGAGCGAAGUCCAGCACGUGGUGAUCGCCCAGGACAAACUCCUGCUGCAUCUCAACCAAAUCAUCGGCAGAGGUCACUUUGGAUGCGUCUUUCAUGGAACUCUACUGGAGCCGGACGGUCAGAACCAACACUGUGCCAUCAAGUCUCUAAACCGCAUCACAGACUUGGAGGAGGUGACCCAGUUUUUGAAGGAAGGCAUCAUCAUGAAGGACUUCAGCCACGCCAACGUGCUGUCGCUGCUGGGCAUCUGCCUGCCGCCCGAAGGCUCGCCGCUCAUGGUUCUGCCCUACAUGAAGCACGGAGACCUGCGCAAUUUCAUCCGCGACGAAGGCCACAACCCGACGGUGAAGGACCUGAUGGGCUUUGGACUCCAAGUGGCCCGGGGGAUGGAGUACCUGGCCAGCAAGAAGUUUGUCCACCGGGACCUGGCAGCCAGGAACUGCAUGCUGGACGAGAGCUACACGGUGAAGGUGGCCGACUUCGGGCUGGCGCGCGACGUCUACGACAAAGAGUACUACAGCAUCCACAACAAGAGCGGUGUCAAGCUGCCUGUCAAGUGGAUGGGGCUGGAAAGUCUGCAGACGCACAAGUUCACCACCAAGUCUGACGUGUGGUCGUUCGGCGUGCUGCUAUGGGAGCUGAUGACCCGCGGGGCACCGCCCUACUCGGACGUCAACUCCUUUGACAUUACCGUCUUCCUCCUGCAGGGGCGCCGCUUGCUGCAGCCCGAAUUUUGCCCCGAUUCCCUCUACACGGUGAUGGUCGAGUGCUGGCACCCGAAGCCGGAGCGUCGUCCCUCCUUCUCCGACCUGGUGUCCAGCAUCGCGAGUAUCUUCUCCAGCUUCAGCGGCGAACACUACGUCCUGCUCAACACCACCUACGUCAACAUCGAGAAGAUGACCCCCUACCCGUCCCUCCUCGCCACCACCGACCCGUCCUCCUCUUCCUUGUCGUCAUCCCAAACCUCCACCUCCCUAACGUCCCACCCGCUCCUCUUUUGCCACCACGAGCGGGUGUGUUGCGCUUGAGGAUUACGAGGGAAGAACUACUGUGGGUCCCAACACUGGACAGAGGACAAGCUCUUAAUGUAAAUAGAUUGUUGAUCGUCUCAAGUUGUUGACUUCCCGGACGUUUUUUUUGGGAGGAAGUCAGAAACCUUGAAGGAGGAGUGUUGCUUUCUUCUCGGUAAUGUGAAUUAUGUUCAGUGAAAAAAAAUGAAACCAGAUAAAUGUCAGUGGGUCAUUUUAGAAAGACUUUUGGGACCGUUGUAGCCUUUUUUUUUUUUUUAAAUCAACCCCAGUGUUACUUAGCAACAUGGAAUUUGGUAGGCAUCUUUAUCAUAAGUAGACCCACAAAAAAAGUCUCAAGAAAAACGUGCAUGUGGUUUGAACGGUCACUUUAGGCUCCUUCCCGGAGAUUCUUCAAACUUCUGUUUUGAAAAAAGCCAAGUCAUUUUAGGCUACGUUUAGCCAUUUUCCAGGAGUCCCUCAAAAACAAAUUCCGUCUAGAGAGUUUGUGUGAACACGUAUACUUGACAAAUGAACAAUAUUUUUCAGAUACAACAACAAAAAAAAUGGCCGCACUGACAGACGGAAUGUUUGCUCCGGAAAAAAAAAAGUCUAUUAUAUUUGUAGCGGCGACACGAU